CUAAAACGGUAAACGGUCCUCCUCAUAUCAUCCACGCGUCUUUCAAAUUUUGACUUUCAGUGCAAGUUGUUUUGUUUUAUUUUCUUAAAACAAUGGGUCAACUUCCGGAGGAUUGGUCACAGUGGAAUCCCAUGGUUUUGGAUUUCAACAACGAACGCCUCAACAAUUACGCCGAGGAGUGUGGCCAGAAUGUGGUUGAGAAAGCGCGAGCUCCACCGAAGCCGACCGACAUGCGUAAAACAGAGGCAGGUAAGGCAAACGCCGAAUAUCCGUACUUGGUUCUAAGGAAAAAAGUUAGUUUAGUCACCAAAUGUGCGGUGCUUAAUUUCUUUGGCCAAAGCCAUGUUCGCAGCAUCGAUAUGCAGCCUAGAUCGGACAUCUUCAGAGUUUUCUUUAAUGACUUGGGUUCCUUGGAGGCUGCAUACUCGCAACUGGAUGCAUUUCCACAAUUAAUGAAGUUGCAUCGAAGCCGUUUCGGCGCCGAGGGAAAGCCACAGUCCAUGGUGAGCCCCGUCAACGCAUUAGCCGAUCCAGUUAAAGUUCCAGCAAUAGCGCCAACUGCACGUGGCGUAAUUGAUUUGAGCUCGCGCACAAUACACGUUUCGCCCAGCGAAAAUGUGCAUCCAGAGUUCCUGGUUGUGCCAAUUGUGGACGCUACGUCCUAUAAGGGCGGCUCUCUGCUGGCUAUUAGAGAUGCGGAGAAGCGCUUUCUGAAUGUGAAGUUCGAGUAUAAUUUGGAGCGCCACGGGGCCUAUAAACUUGAGAAAGAAUACAAAGAUAAAUCGUCGACGAAGCCGGCGAUCCAGCAGCAGCGUUGCGGCAGAAAAUUAUAUAUCGAUAGAUCGCAUGCAGAUGACGUGCAAGUGGCUGAAGAUGAUAGCGAGGAGCUGGAUAUGUCUGGAUACGAGAAAUGCGCCGUCUGCAGCGGUUACACAUCCACCGUGUGCAAAAUAUGCGAUAUGCCCUUUUGCGAUGCAUUCUGCUGGAGCAUUGUCUCCGAGCAGCACGAUAAGAAAUGUGGCACGGCUCAGAAAGUGGAUAUAAAUGAUGAACAUUUUGAAAAAUGUAUACCCAAAACGGGUUUGCCGCCAAAACGUACCCUGGUGAAGAUUACUGCCUUCGAGCAGUCAAAUGUCGUUUAUGUGCGCCCGGCUGAUACCCUUUCCGAUGUGGCCUACUACCGUGUGCUCGCUGAGGUCUGGAAGCAUGGCCAAACUGUUGCCAAGCUUGACCAGUUGCCUGUCUGUGGCCAGAUUGUAAUCUAUAAGUUCGAGGGACACGCAGUGCGCGCCAUGGUGCUGAAUGUGGACAAUCCGAGGGAUAUAUGCGUGGUCUCCAUUGAUUAUGGCAGCGUUGAAUACACUGAUCCGGCUAACCUGUAUCAGUGCAGCUCCUAUGUGAGUGAUUUGCCGCGCUACGCUACACCUGUGAAGCUACGGGGCGUGCCGAGGCGCGCAAUAACACCCAGUCUGCGGGAAGUUAUGUACGGAAUGCAAGGAGAUUCGAUUACUUUUGAACUGAGGUACCACAAGAGUGAGUACGACGCUGACAGCCACAUGCAGAGGGCAGCGCUCAUCUAUCUGGAGCACAACAGAAGCAUAAACAGCCUGCUUAAGCAAGUUAUCACACCCAUCGAGCCCGGUAUGCAUGAGCCCGGAGUGAAUGAAGAUUUUCUGCCGCAUUUGCCUGCGCCAGCGGGCAAGAACGUUGAUUUGAUUAUCACGGACAAUUCGUUCCUAAAGUACGGCAUCAUCUACUGCACACCCGCAAAGUUGGCCGUGGAGAUCACAAAAAUGCAGCGAGCAUUCCAAGACUAUGGGGAGAAUAUUGCCAAAUCUGAGACCUAUGCCACAGCAAAAGGGCAAUUGUGCAUGGCCAAGUAUAUGGGCAAAUGGAAUCGCGGCGUUUUGAUGGAGCUUGUGGGCGAUGGCUAUCCCAGCAUCUUGUUUCUGGACUAUGGAAAUAUUGUACCGAUCCAUGUGACCGAUAUCCGUGCAUAUCCGCCACAAUUCACACAUCCCGUACUGACUACCGAAUAUGUUUUGUUGGGCCUGCCGGAAAACCUCAGCGAUGCGCAGGUGCAACGUCUCGAGACACGUCUGGCCUUGGGUGCCAUUGUCACCUGCGAUGAAAUCGUGAAGAACGAGAACAACAAUUACUCGCUGCGCUUUGAAGAUCUGCCAAAAUUUUAAAGUAAAAUGCAGUACAAAUAUUUCCAUCAUUUACACUCAAUUUUUUUUUCUUAUUAUUAAUAUAUGCACACAAAUUUGUACUAAUAAUACUCGCAUGGUACAUGCAAAAAAUAAUAAAGAAUAAAGGAAAGCGCUCUAGCUAUUCCCCGAAGUGUAUAUUGC